CUGAAAUGUAGUAGCAGGAAGAGCCAAAGGUAACAGAUUUAGUGAACGAAAUGGAUGAAUAUCUUUCAGUGGGAGACUGGUUCAUGUGUACGUCUUAAAAUAUUAGGUAUGGGCUCUGGAUAAUAGUAAGUUUGUCUUUUUUUUUUCUUUCUUUUUUUACAGGAUAGUGGCAGUAGACUCUGAUGGUACUCUCGACAUGGGGGCUAACCUCCAUAACACUUCAGAUCUGCCUCCUUUCAUCCUGACAGGGAUCCCAGGACUGGAGACUUCCCAACAGUGGCUGUUUCUGCUCCUGGGAACCCUCUAUGCUGUCUCCAUUGUGGGCAAUACCCUCAUCCUUUACAUUGUCAAGGAGGAGCAGAGCUUGCAUCAGCCUAUGUACUACUUCUUAUCUCUGCUGUCAGUUAAUGACCUAGGCGUGUCUUUUUCCACACUGCCCACGGUUCUGGUUACAUUUUGUUUCCAGGUGAGAACGAUAAGCUUUGACUCUUGCAUGGCUCAAAUGUUCUUCAUCCACUUCUUCUCCUUCUUGGAGUCAGGGAUCUUGCUGGUCAUGAGCUUUGACCGCUAUGUGGCCAUCUGUAACCCUCUGCGUUACGCCACAGUGCUUACGGAUGCCCGAGUGGUCUUCAUGAGCCUGUCUGUCAUUGUUCGCAGUUUCUGCAUGGUGUUCCCACUGCCUUUCCUUCUGAAGAGGCUGCCCUUCUGCAAGGUCAACAUCCUCUCCCAUGCCUACUGCUUGCACCCUGAUCUGAUUCGCCUUCCUUGUGGUGACAUCACCAUCAACAACAUUUUUGGUCUAUUCAUUGUCAUCUCUACUUUUGGUCUGGACUCUGCACUGAUUCUCCUCUCCUAUGGGCUCAUACUGCGCUCUGUGCUUGCCAUUGCAUCUCGGGAGGAGCGGAUGAAGACCCUCAAUACAUGUGUGUCACACAUGUGUGCUGUGCUCAUCUUCUAUGUGCCCAUGAUUGGUGUGUCCAUGGCUGCUCGCUAUGGGAGGCAGGCUCUAGAGUGUGUGCAUACACUCCUGUCACUCAUCUAUCUCUUUGUACCCCCAAUGCUCAAUCCUGUCAUCUAUUCUAUCAAAACGAAAGAGAUUCGUAGGAGGCUUUGUAAAAUGCUACUGGGAGCCAGGUUUUAA